AGCUUAUGCAUUAUCAAUCUCUAUAUAAAGAAUAAUGUAAUUAACUUAGAAAAACACAAAACAAACAUCAUAAGCCACAAACAACUAGAGAAACAAUGAAAUUCAUUCAACUAUGUUUCCUAAUUUCUCUCUUGGUGCUGCUCAACACAAAGGCACUACAAGGAGCUAAACCAGAUAGAGUAGUAGACAGACACGGUAAGCCUCUUGAGUCAGGAAAAGGUUACUAUGUAUGGCAAUUUUGGGCUCAUGAUAUUGGAGGCUUAACAUUGAGCUCAACAAGAAACAAAACAUGUCCUCUUGAUGUAAUUCGUAACCCUAAAGAACUCGGCUCGCCAGUGUACUUCUCUGCACCAGGUUUUAAACACAUUCCAACUCAAACUGAUCUUUCCAUUAAAAUUCGAUUUAGGAGUAGUUCAUGCAACCAGUCAAAAGUGUUGAAGCUUUCAAAAGAGGGAUCUGGGUUCUGGUUUUUGAGCACUGGUGGUGUAGCUGGGGAUGUUGUUAGUAAGUUCAAGAUUGAGAAGCUUGAAGGAGACACUGGGAUUCCAAUCUAUAUCUUUAAGUUCUGUCCUUCUGUUCCUGGUGCUUUAUGUGCUCCUGUUCGAACUUUCACAGAUACCGAUGGAACUAAAGUUAUGGCUGUUGGUGAUGGUAAUGAUCUUGAACCUUAUUAUGUUAGGUUUCAGAGGGUUUCCACUUUUACUCCAAAGAAUAGCAUCACGUAACUCAAGUUUGUUUGUUUGUUUGUUGUGAAAUGAGAUGGGUUAUAAAUAAGCCACCGAAGUGGACAAACAGAGUACCCUCUGAUUUAAGAUUUGCUACUUUCCUUUGAGAAUUGUUGUUCCCGCAUCGCAUUUCAUUAGGCUGAGAAACACCAGUAAAAUAUGAUUUUGUCCCUUCAGCCGUUAACUGUGGAGGAAUUAAAAAUCCGGUUGCAGUUAACUGCCGAGGAAAACAUCGGUAGUUAACUGCCGAAGAAAUCUGAAUUUAAUCAUACGCAGAAACAUAAACAUUACCAAGAUACCGGUCAUUCCCACUUUUUAGUUAGUUUAGGUUACGAGAAUUAUGAUGGACGCAAAUGAUUAAGUGUAUAGAAAUGAUUAUGUGUAUGUUAAUUAUUGGAUGAUGUUUAGGUUAUUAUGGAAAUG